CUGAAACAAAACGCUUCUCACUUUCGAAGUACCGAUUUCCGGCUUCGCUCCGCCACUAUAGUCGAAGUGCAGCAUGAAUGUUUGAUCUAUGUUUGACAUAUAUAUGUCACUGAUGUCAUUUAUAUCACUCCUCGUGAAACAUUGAAGAGGCGUAAUCUUAUCGAUGAUUCGAUCUGCAGAUAUUUCCUCGCGUUCACCGGAUUCGGCCGGGUGAUAUCUUUAGCGGCGAGAUCAUUUCGAGCGUGCAAGACUACGCGAACAAUCGACGAGUUAUUCUCCACUCAUCGUCGACGAUCCUGUGGUUUCCCCGGUUGCCAAAAUGUGCGUGUCCGUAACAGCGUUCAGUCGACGAGGAUUCAUUUCGCGGGAUAUCGUGCGACUUAACAGCAAGCAACCGCAUUAUCCUGAUCGUAACGAAACGUUAUUAAUGAGCGGCACGUUAUUACGCCGAUUUCCCGUGUCGUCGUGUAUCACUGACAUUUCACGGAUCUUGAGUACUUUCUCUUCCGCGAGGGCUCCGAUCUCAUUUAACAAUAUCUCCGAAGUUUUGACGAAGCAACGAGCGAAAGAGUUUACGUCAAAACUCUCCUCCGAGGAGCGCAAGCUCUUCCUGGCUGCGUUGAAUGAAUGCAAAUCCGAGGAGGACAAAGCUGGCUAUGAAGGUCAACUGGCGGCUUUCCGAUGGAGGAGCAAACUUGGUAGACCUAGUAAAAUCCCAUCACUGGGUGAGGUGGAUCCUACAGGAACCUAUUGCCCUGUACCAGACGAUUGGCUGAGUCGCAAAUCUCGCAAAAUAAAAUUAACACCUCGACUGUUAUUUAAUGGUAUCUUUGGAUAUAAUGGAAUCUUUUUCCUGCAAUGCGAUCUCCAUGGAUGUUAUUCUUCAUCCACACUGCUGCAGUUAGUUGAAAAUGUUGCAGAACCGUCCACGAAAGAACUGGUGCUAGUCGCGAUCGCAAACGCAAUUCCGUUCGUUGGAUUUGGUUUCCUCGACAAUUUCAUCAUGAUCAUUGCGGGCGAUCAAAUCGAGGUGAUGUUGAACGCGAAGUUUCCAAUCUCGACCAUGGCAGCGGCCGCUUUGGGCAACACGGUGUCUGACGUCAUUGGAAUCGGGUCGGUGCACUAUGUUGAAAUGUUCGCCCAGAAAGUCGGCUUCGAAGCGCCGAAGUUAACACUGACACAAUUGAAUCUACCUAGGACGCGGGUUGCCGCGAACGUGGGCCGAGUCAUCGGAGUUACAAUCGGAUGUCUCAUUGGUAUGACGCCUAUACCGGUAGCCGCGCUUUUCCGAUAGUUGAAUUAUCGAAACAAAAAAGAAGGAUAAUGGACGUUAUGUUUGAGAAUUAGGAGAUUAUAAUUCACACGCGAAAGGAUCGCAACCGUCCUGCACCUGCAAUAAGCACUUCAUCACAAACUCCUCUGUGGACUUUUUAUCUUCAACUGUCGUAAUAACAUGACUUAUUUUAGUGAAUGUAUUUAAUGUAUAAAUGUAUAGAGCAGAAUUUAUGUAAUGAUCAUAAUGAUUAUUAAUAGCGAGGUUUAUCGACGA